AUGUCCCUAAGACCACGUGCUACAUCAACCGAUAAGUCGAGCCUGACAGGUUCGGACGGCUGUUUGGUGUGUCCAUCCAGCAUAGACCCUUGUCCAUCGUGUCCCGCCAACCAGGUAUGUCAUCAGAUAUCACGAACAUGUGACCAGUGCCCCAAAAAUGUCUGUGUGGACAGCUCCAGGCUGUCAUCUGGCGGAGGAACGCCUGUGGGUGGUAUCGUGGGAGGUGUUGUUGGCGGUGUGGUGGUGCUAGCGCUAAUACUAGGUGGCUUGUGGUACUACAAGAAGGUGUACCGCAAGAAACACCCUAUGUUGGAGGACGACUUGGCCAUGGAUGAUUACAAGACAGAUAUUGAAGAUCUGGAUACUCGCUCACCACGUAACACUUUAUCCAGUGGAGAAAUGGAAGGUGCUGCAGCAGCAAGGCCAGUUAGACCCCAAGCCAGAAGAACGGACUCCAACAACUCCCUCAAAAAGAACCACAGAGUUUCCUCAUAUGAAUCUUUUAUGCGUCCUCAAGCAAGAUACGCUCGUCGUGGUGGUGCCCUGGCGAGAGGCCGUGCCAGAGGCCAGGCCCAGAACAGAAACUUGCUGCCAUAUGGAGACAACGACUCAUCGAAGAGAAACUCUAUUGCAACCACCAUCUCAACCACCAACGCAUCCAACAUUUUACCUGUGGCAUACAUUCCAGGUGUCACGGUGAGACCUACUAAGAACAACACUCGCUCGAUAUAUUCCUAUGAGUCUGACUCGAUAUUCUCCGACAUAAACACCAUUGAGAAUGCGUCCAUCAUUGCUGAAAGAACAGGUCAGCUGAAACUGGCGACCAUGACGGCCAUCAGAGCGCAACCGAAGCUCGUUAAUGUUGCUCGAAUAGAGGAAGGUGAUGAGGAAGAAGAAGAAGACGAGGAGGAGCAUAACACAACGUGGAACUCCAACAAGGACUCCAUCGUUACCAACACGCGGGUCGUGAACGAGCUGACGAACACGCUAGACCACAACAGCGAUAGCGACGUCGAUCUGGAUGUAGAUCUGGACAUUGGCGAGAUUAACCGAGCUACAAGUGUGAGGCGACCCGAGGGUCAGGUGGUGGCACCACCACAAAUAUUGAUCGACGGCGACCUCGAGCAGGAUGACCUGAGCGCUGGCUCGUUCAUCUUGGACAUUGGAAAAGGUCCCCAAGUAUGA